CUUUUUCCUGCUGACCCUUGGGCCCUUGCCAAGCAUGACAUCUUUUGAUUCAGAGCUAGGUAGUGAAGUGAUCUAAGGGGAUGUUUGAUUCAUGAAAUGAAGCCCACUCCCCUGGUGUGUGACACCCUCACUCUUAACCCCAUACAGAGGCCAUGAAGCUAAAUAAUCAAGCUAUGAAGGGGCGGUUUGAGGAGCUCUCCGCCUGGACAGAGAAACAGAAGGAAGAACGCCAGUUCUUUGAGAUACAGAGCAAAGAAGCCAAAGAGCGCUUAAUGGCCUUAAGUCAUGAAAAUGAAAAAUUGAAGGAAGAACUUGGAAAACUAAAAGAGAAAGUAGAAAGGUCAUUUGAGAACCCACCUGGUGACUCUAAGGUUCCCAAGACAGAGCCAGAACAGGAAAUGGAACAGCUGAAGACACAGGUGAUUCGCCUUCAAGCUGAAAAAGCAGAUUUGCUGGGCAUUGUAUCUGAAUUACAACUCAAGCUGAACUCAAGUGGCUCCUCUGAAGACUCCUUUGUUGAAAUUAGGAUGGCUGAAGGAGAAGCAGAUGGGGCAUUAAAAGAAAUCAAGACUAGUCCUCGGCCCACAAGAACUGACUCCAUUAACAAGAGCAGAUCUGCAGAAGGAGCCAGGAAUUAUUUGGAAUUUGAGGAAUUAACUGUGAGCCAACUCCUGCAUUGUCUAAGAGAAGGAAACCAGAAGGUAGAAAGACUUGAAAUUGCACUCAAGGAAGCCAGAGAAAGAAUUUCAAAUUUUGAAAAGAAAGCAAAUGACCGUUCUGAGAUUGAGACCCAGACUGAGGAGAGCACAGGAGCAGAGAAAGAAGAGGAGAAAGGCACAGAAACUGUUGGAAGUGAAGUGGAAAUGCUGAAACUUCAAGUGACAACCCUGUUUAAAGAGCUUCAAGAGGCUCAUACUAAACUCAGUGAAGCAGAGCUAAUGAAGAAGAGACUUCAAGAAAAGUGUCAGGCUCUUGACAGGAAAAAUUCUGCAACCCCAUCAGAGUUGAAUGAAAAGCAAGAACUUGUAUAUAAUAACAAAAGGUUAGAGCUACAAGUAGAAAGCAUGCGAUCAGAAAUCAAAAUGGAGCAAACUAAAACCGAGGAAGAAAAGGCCAGAUUAGCUACUCUGCAGUUGACACACAGCAGGCUUCUUCAAGAACACAGUAAUACAUUGAAAACAAUUGAGGAACUAAAAAUGAAAGAGUCAGAAAAGGUGGACAAGGCAGUAGUGGAGGAACUAAAUGAAAAACUGGAACUGGCAGAGAAGGCCCUGGCUUCCAAGCAGCUCCAAAUGGAUGAGAUGAAGCAAACCAUUGCCAAGCAGGAGGAGGACCUUGAAACCAUGACUGUCCUCAGGGCCCAGAUGGAGGUUUACUGUUCUGAUUUUCAUGCUGAAAGAGCAGCAAGAGAGAAGAUUCAUGAAGAAAAGGAGCAACUGGCAUUGCAGCUGGCAAUUUUGCUGAAAGAAAAUAAUGUAUUUGAAGAUGGAGGCAGCAGGCAGUCCCUGAUGGAGAUGCAGAGCCGUCACGGGGCCAGAACAAGUGACCCAGACCAGCAGGCUUACCUUGUUCAAAGAGGAGCUGAGGAUAGAAAUUGGCAGCAACAGCAACAAAGGAAUAUCCCGAUUCAUUCUUGCCCCAAAUGUGGAGAAGUUCUGCCUGAUAUAGAUACAUUGCAGAUUCAUGUUAUGGACUGCAUCAUCUAAGUGUUGAUGUUGUACCUCCCCCAAACUGUCGGUAAAUGUCAGAUUUUUUCAUCCAAGACUUGUACUGUUGUGUUAUUUGUUUUCACUCAAAUAUUUUAUCUCAUUUUAUUUGUUUUAGGAGAAAGAAAAUGUAUAUGUUCUAAGUAUGACAUUUUUUGUGGAUUUCCUUAAGCUCUCAAAAUACAGUCCUAAGCACACCACUCUUCUUAGAAUAGAUUCAGGUUUUUUUAUGUUCGGUUUAUGUGAGCACUGACCGCAGACAUCAUGUGACAGUUAAUGUAAUUAGAUGGAAGAAACUUCACUGGUAAAUUUUAAGAACCUUUAAGGAAGCAGGAAAAAUGAAGUGGUCACAGAUAAGAAUCAAGAAAAAUGUCUUUGAAGUAUCUUUUUAAUAAAUUAUAUUUUUAUUUUUCUUUAUCCAUUUAAAAUGAAUCUAUUUGGGGUUGUGUGUAUAUCUCUGUGUGUUAUAGUUUUAUUGCAGCCACAGUAAUUGUACCAAAGCUAGGAUAUGGCUCUUUUCAUGUAAGUACUGUGAACUUUUACUUGAUAUCAGGACAAGUGAGAAAAUACUGGCAUACAUGAAGUAGAUACCAUUAGGUUCACUUGAUUUCAUAUAACCAUUCAUAGUGUAAAAUUACCUUUGUUCUUUCAUUGUACAGUACUGCAGAUAUAUGGGCUUGCACAGUAGAUAGUUUAUUAACUUGUAAAAAGAACAGCUGUCUAUUAACUUUAUUACUGGAUCAGGUUACAUCUUCAUAAUCACAAAAAAAUAGUUAUUGCAAAAUAAAAUUUUGCUUAUGAAUCUUCUACAUUCUUCAUAUAUGACUAAUUUCAUAGUAUGCAUUUUCAGUCUUAAGCUUAUUCAGCUUAAUAUUAAGAUCUAUUUGGUCAGUUCUAUGAGAAAAUCUCUUUUCUAGAGACCAGUACAUGUUGCUUGAGUUGGAAAUUAAUCUUGCUAAGAAAGUGAAUCAAUAAGUGUUUGCCAUAUUUUUGUAAACCUGCAGGUUACCAAAACUAGCCAAUAUUAGAACAGCCAUAAAAAUAAGUAAUGACCUUAUGCAUCUAGGUUCUAAAAACAAAGAUAAAAGAUCUCCUUUGUUGGGAUUUUUCAUAAGAAUUCUCAUAGGCAAACUUGAUCAUAUAUAUUUGAACAGAAAUCAAAAUAGUUAAUGACUUUUUUUUAAAUUUUUUUAUUGUACUUUUAGUUGAAGGUUUAGAGAACAAAUAGUUUCUCAUUAAACGGUCAGUACCCAUAUUGUUUUAUGACAUUGGUUAAGAAC